UCCACUUGGUUCUUGAACGAAACACAUUCUAGAACCCUAGAAUCCCGUGUCUCUCUUUUGCCUCCUCCCGCCGCCAUCAGCGCUCCUGUGCGCCGUUGCUCCCGCUCGAUCGCCACCCUCCCGCUCGCAAUUUUCGCUCCACCGCCUGGUCAGCCCCUCAACCUCUAGCUCCAUGGCGCGCCUGCGGCUCCUUCCUCGAGCUAGCCGCCUUGCCGCCGGCUCCUAGUUCGGCUUCGUCCUCCCGCUCGAUCGCCACCCUCCCGCUCGCAAUUUUCGAUUCGCUCCACCAUCGCCUGGUCAGCCCCUCAACCCUCGAGCUCCAUCCUCCAUGGCGCGCCUCCGGCUUCUUCCUCGAGCUAGCCGCCUUGCCGCCGGCUCCUAGUUCCGCCUCGUCCUUCCCCACCCUUGUCCGCCUAAAGCCCUAGAGCACGGUGCCUCGCUUUUACUGCCUCCCGCGGUCCCGCCGCCACCUGCGUUUCUGCGGCCACCCUCACGCUCGCAAUUUUCUCUCCACAGCUUGAUCACCCCCCGAGCUCUAUGGCACGCCUCCGGAUCCUUCCUAGAGCUACUCGUCCUCCCGCCGGCUCUUAGUUCUACGUCCUCCUCCACCCGCCUGUCCCCCCUCAGUCGCCACCCCCAGCAUUGACCAUGGGAAACCCCACGAAGCGGUGGUCGGGCGCCGUGAUUCGGCGGGAGUUCUUCAAACACUUUGGGGAACUCGAGCGGUGGUACUCUAGCCCACUUAUUUUGGUGGAAGACUUCAAAGCGCCAUUACUUCAAACAGCAAUGAACCGAUUCAAGCAGUCGUUUAUGGCAGAUCUGCCAUCUGGCGAAGGCAGCACAUUCUCCUUCAAAUGUCUUCGCAUAGGUGAUACCCUAGAGGACUUCAAUGACACACGGUACCAUUCCCUUACUGAACUCCUUGGGACUUGGCACCCGGGGGAACACAGGAGGGAAGUGAUCUUAAAUCUGCUGGAAUUUCUACAGGAGGAGUGUGGGUUAGGAAAGGAGUGCAUUUAUGCUACCUACUUUGCUGGUGAUGAAAAUUUCGAUGCUGAUACUGAGUGCAGGGAUAUUAUGUUGGAAUUUCUACCAAAAGAAAAUGUGUCCAGCUCCACUGUCAAGGGUAGCUUCUGGAAUGUUGAUGGUAGUGGCUUCGAUUGUAGUGACCUUGCGUAUGAGGCCAGGGAUCCUUGGACACGCAUAAGCCUGAAUCAUCGAACUAUCCCGCAGAUAUGGAGUCUGGUCUUUGUUCAGUUUGAUCGGGAAGAAAAUGGUGCUUUGAGAGAUUUGCCAGCUAAACAUAUUAUAACAGCAAUGGACUUUGAGCAUGUAACUACUAUCUGCCAAGGUGCAAUGGCCUUUUAUUUUACAGAUGUGUUUGCUUCAAUACUGGGCCUUAUUCAUGAGCAUGCAUGCGAACGAAUCGAAGCAUACAAUUUUUAUGUUGAUUCUGAAGCAGUUACUUGUCCUGAAGAUACUGAUCAAAUUGGAAUGGCCUAUCGAAUUAUCACGAAUCACUUAAGGAUAAUAUCGGUUGCUACUACUUAUGGUACACAAAUCGGCGAUCACGGAAGGGAGUAUCUCCUUAAGCUUAUCGAUAGGCGGGGGAUUGAACUCAGCGUUGAAAAACUGGGGAUACAUCAAAGCUCCUAUGCUAAGCUUGUGAAGGGAUGCAUUGAAGAGAUGGCUGAUUUCAUUCCUGAAAUUUUUCCUACUAAAGGGAAGUUAAAACAAGAGAAGUUAAACAAAAUAGUUAAAGAUGAAGUUGAUAUCCACAAAAGUACCUGGACUGAGAUUGCAACCAAGAAAACCAGGGGUCAGGCAGAAGAUGAUUUAAAGCCCAGCCAUCCCACAACGUGGUACAAGAUAAGAGGGAUCAAGUUUUUGGAUCAUAACACACAUAUUGUCCACAAGGAUAGGAAUACAAAAUGCACUCUUGUUGCCUUGUGCAAUGCUCUUCUGCUUGGGGGCAAGAUAUCUUUGGGAGCAAAUAUGACCCAGAUCUCAGAGGGCCAUCUACUUCAUCUUGUCCAACAUAAUCUUUUAUGUGGCAACGAAAAAUUCGACCUUCAAAGCAGAUUGGAAUAUUCAGAUACUCAGAAAAAGGUUCUUGAUGUGCUUCCAGAACUUUCAGGAAUUUUAUCGAUAAAUGUGGAAUUUGAUAGUAUCAAUGGGUUCGUGAAUUCCGCACAACAUGCGUUAUUUAAACACCUUGGAGUUUCGUUGUACCAUGGGUGCUUAGUGGAUACAAACGACAAAAAUGUUAGCUCAUGGAGGCCCUCAGCUAACACCACAAGGAUUAACACAACUGCAGAAAGAACUUAAAGAGAAGGAGCCAUGUGUCCUGUUUUGGAAUGGUUCUUUUAUUACUGCUACUAAGGUGGAAGGAGCCAUACAUCUCUUGCUUGAUGAUAUGAGGACAAUGGUGAAGCUUUGGAGGCACUACAGAAUACCCAUCAAUCUGAUAUUUCAGUGCCCAGCACUUCUAAUACCUGUGAAGAUGACAUUCCAUUGCUCAACACCCCUAAGCGCUUUCACAAGACAAGCCAGAUUAAUUUCAAAGGCCGCCAAUUUAAUAUUAUCCAUCAAGAGUCCAAUGGCCCGUGCGGUUUAAUCGGGAUAUGCAACGUACUCUUACUUAGAGGUGUGAUAAGUCUUGAACCGAAUAUAACAAAGGUGCAGGAGGACUAUCUGAUUAGUCUUCUCCAAAUGUACCUUGAACAAAACAAGGGAGGUUUGCCAUAUUCUGAAUUGCCAAGGAAUGCACUUGAGGUUUUGUCAGUUCUUCCGGAUGGCUUAGACGUGGACGUCUCCUUCAAUAGAACUGAUUGCUUCAAGGAAACGCCAGAAAUUAUUCUGCUUCGUUAUCUUGAUGUUCCUAUAUAUCAUGGGUGGCUUCCAGAUCCUGAUGUUGUUGGGUUUGCUGCAUUAUCAUCAUAUACAUACUCUUCGCUUUCGAUUGAGGCCUCUGACGAUGCGUUUCAGAAUGUUGAUCAGGCGAGAAAGCUUUUAACAGGCUCUCAAUUUACUUCCAAUGGCCUGCGUUGCUUACACAAUGACCUGAAAGUGAAUGUACCGUGUGUCCUUUUCUGGCAUAAUCACUGCAGCACUUUAAUUAAGGUCAAAGAACACCUCUAUGUGCUAGUUACUGAUUCCUAUUAUAUAGGAACACCUGUGGUGUGGGAAACACUCACUUUGGAGGGUAGUGGUGUGCUUGUGGAUGGCGAUUUCGUUCCAGUUGCUGAAUCAAACAUAACACUUUUGGAUCAGCCCAGUACUAUGUCAGUUUACCCUCCAUUUGCCCCCCCUGAUCAACUGGUCUCUCAGGUUUCGAGUGAACGGGUUUCACCUACAACAGCUCAAUGGCCUGCAACUAAUCUCACUAGUAAUAAGGGUGAUGAUACUGAUUAUGUCGGAUCACUUGAGGAAUAUGCAAAAAUUCCUGGAAAUCAUUUUGCAGAAAAAAAGAAUCUAUCUGCUUUGGGUACAUCAUUGGAAGUUGCGGAUACAAGAAAAAUUGGCAGAAUAAUUGCAAGAGAUUUGCUGCUGCAGAUUAUAGAGGGCCAUAAAGUUAUGGUUAGCUGGAAUGGCAAAUUUGAUAGAAAAAGCAUUCUGGUCAGGUCUGGUUUUCAUACUAUGUUGACUGCUUGGAUCAACGCAGCCUAUGGUGAGUUCUCUGAUGCGGCCAUACUGAAUGAUUACACAACAUAUGUCAAUGAAGUGCUGUCUCUCUUCGAAGUAAAGGGAGUAGGAUACCCAGCAUUUUUCAAUCCCUUGAUAAAGACACUUAAAGAAGAAUCAGGUCGAGAUACUAGGUCAGAAAUUCAGUUUUCGAAUUUUUGUCACAAAGUUGAAGGCCACCUAGCCUUGAAGUUCUCCUUGGCAAGAGCGGAUUUUUUUGGUGGGAUCAAUAAGAUCCGUAAGCAUGCACCUCGGAAAGUCAGGCGGGAAUUGAGAAGAGUGUUGAGGCAGACAGUCUUGAUAGACGGGAAAGAUUGGAGGUUCGUGAUUUCUGGAAGUGGGCAUCAUCUUCUCAGAACGAUUUUAAGGCACAGAAGAGAGGGUGACAACAAUGGAGGGAAUGAAGAAGACUUUGGAUAUUUUCUAUCAUCCAUUGAUAGUGCAUCUCAAUUUGCGCGCCAGGUGAAUGAGCAUGCUGAUGAUGACCCAGAGGUAAAGGAUGAUGCUGAGGAUGGUGACAAAGAGGAAGACCUCGGAGCACUUUCAGAAUUGGAGGCUAGUGAUGACCUGAAGGAUGAUGAUAAAGAGGCAGAGCUCGGAGCUCUUUCAAACUUGGAGGCUGGUGUUGACCUGAAGGUGAAGGUGAAGGAUGAUGAUAAAGAGGCAGAGCUCGGAGCUCUUUCAAACUUGGAGGCUGGUGAUGACCUGAAGGUGAAGGUGAAGGAUGAUGAUAAAGAGGCAGAGCUCGGAGCUCUUUCAAACUUGGAGGCUGGUGAUGACCUGAAGGUGAAGGUGAAGGAUGAUGAUAAAGAGGCAAAGCUUGUAGGACUUUCAAACUUGGAUCUAUUGUAUUCCCAUUACCUUGAGCUUCCCCUUGCCAAGGCCCAUGAACAAAUACUAACCUCUGAUGUGCAUGAUGAUUUGCAUGACUGGUUGAAUGACGUGCUUGAAUUGUUUGAGAGACCGGAGAUUAACUGAACACAAAAACUUUGAUGAUUUUCUGCACACAGCUCUGUAGGUACUGUACUUGAGUUCUAUCUGAGUCUUGUGAUGCUGAAGGAACUAUUCUCGCAGCAGCUGCCAUUCUAUCUUGUCAUGAGAAGUUGCUCUGCAAGUUGCUAGUGCUGUGUCUGAAGAUUCUGCCUGCUCUUGCCUGUACUAGUAUGAUUAGCUUAAGCGUGGAAAGAAAGAAUGUUUUCUUCGUGAUGUAGUGCCUGUGGACCAAAAUAGAAGGAUGGGUCAUUCUCGUGAUUCAAACGGGCACAGCGUGCAUGGUGCAUUAGUUUCACAACAUGCAGAGAUACUCUCUCCGUUCCUAAACAUAAGUCUUUUUAGAGAUUCUACUAUGGACUACAUACGGAUGUAUAUAUAAAUAUAUUUUAGAGUGUAGAUUCACUCGUUUUGUUUUGUACUUAGUCACUUAUUGGAAUCUCUAAAAAGACUUAUAUUUAGGAAUGGAGGAGAUAGAAUUGAAGCAGACAUGGCACUUGCUUCGCCCAUGGUGUUGAUAUUUUUGAGUUGUGUUUGGUAGCGUUUCGUUA